GCCAAGUCAUGACUACAGUAGCGGUACAUGUGGACUCCAAAGCUGAGCUCACUACCCUGCUGGAGCAGUGGGAAAAGGAACAUGGCAGUGGGCAGGACAUGGUACCUAUCCUUACCAGGGGACACGGGUUCCAUCCCUGUUCCGGGAAGAUCCCACAUGCCGUGGAGCAACUAAGCCCGUGCGCCACAACUACUGAGCCUGCGCUCUAGAGCCCACGAGCCACAACUACUGAAGCCUGCAUGCCUAGAGCCCGUGCUCCACAGCAAGAGAAGCCCACGCACCACAACGAAGAGUAGCCCCCGCUCGCUGCAACUAGAGAAAGCCCGCACGCAGCAACGAAGACCCAACGCAGCCAAAAGAUGUCUGAAUUGAUUGAAAAAGAAACUGAAGAAUAUCGUAAGGGGGAUCCAGACCCAUUUGAUGAUCGACAUCCUGGUCGAGCUGAUCCAGAGUGUAUGCUGGGCCACUUGCUGAGAAUACUCUUCAAGAAUGAUGAUUUCAUGAAUGCACUGGUGAAUGCAUAUGUGAUGACAAGCCGAGAGCCCCCUUUAAACACUGCUGCUUGCAGACUCCUACUGGACAUCAUGCCAGGGCUAGAAACUGCUGUCGUCUUUCAAGAAAAGGAAGGAAUUGUUGAGAAUCUUUUCAAAUGGGCCCGAGAGGCUGAUCAGCCACUGAGGACAUAUUCUACUGGUCUGUUAGGAGGUGCUAUGGAAAAUCAAGACAUUGCUGCCAACUACAGGGAUGAAAAUUCACAGCUGGUGGCAAUAGUACUUCGAAGACUGAGGGAGCUACAGCUUCAGGAAGUAGCUUUGAGGCAAGAAAGCAAGCGUCCUAGCCCACGAAAGCUCUCCUCUGAACCCCUUUUGCCUCUGGAUGAAGAAGCUGUGGAUAUGGACUAUGGCGACAUGGCUGUAGAUGUAGUGGAUGGCGAACAAGAGGAAGCUUCUGGAGACAUGGAGAUCUCCUUUCAUCUUGAUUCAGCCCACAAGACCAGUAGCAGAGUGAACUCAGCAACUAAACCUGAGGAAGGAGGAUUGAGGAAAAACAAGUCAGCAAAACAGGGUGACAGAGAGAGCUUUAGGAAAGCCAAGCAAAAGUUGGGUUUCUCAUCAUCUGAUCCAGAUCGCAUGUUUGUUGAGCUGUCUAACAGCAGCUGGUCAGAAAUGUCCCCCUGGGUGAUUGGCACCAAUUAUACCCUUUAUCCUAUGACUCCUGCUAUCGAGCAGCGACUCAUUCUCCAGUAUCUGACCCCUUUAGGAGAAUAUCAGGAGUUACUUCCCAUAUUCAUGCAACUUGGAUCACGGGAUUUGAUGAUGUUCUAUGUUGACUUGAAACAGACUAACGAUGUCCUACUUACAUUUGAGGCACUCAAGCACCUAGCAUCUCUCCUGCUCCAUAACAAGUUUGCCACAGAAUUUGUUGCACAUGGUGGAGUACAGAAAUUACUGGAAAUUCCUCGUCCUUCUAUGGCUGCAACUGGUGUAUCCAUGUGCUUGUAUUACCUGUCCUACAACCAGGAUGCCAUGGAAAGAGUUUGCAUGCAUCCCCACAAUGUUCUGUCUGAUGUGGUGAACUACACACUGUGGUUAAUGGAAUGUUCUCAUGCUUCAGGAUGCUGCCACGCUACCAUGUUUUUCUCAAUCUGCUUCUCCUUCCGGGCUGUAUUGGAACUCUUUGACCGCUAUGAUGGUCUUCGUCGUCUGGUGAACUUGAUCAGUACUUUGGAGAUUCUAAAUUUGGAAGAUCAGGGUGCACUUCUGAGUGAUGAUGAAAUAUUUGCUAGCCGCCAAACUGGGAAACAUACGUGCAUGGCCUUGCGCAAGUACUUUGAGGCUCACCUGGCCAUUAAAUUGGAACAAGUGAAGCAGUCACUUCAGAGGACUGAGGGUGGCAUUCUUGUUCAUCCUCAACCCCCUUACAAGGCAUGUUCAUAUACUCAUGAACAGAUUGUGGAAAUGAUGGAGUUUUUGAUAGAAUAUGGCCCAGCGCAGCUAUAUUGGGAGCCAGCUGAAGUCUUCCUCAAACUUUCUUGUGUCCAACUCUUGUUGCAGCUUAUUUCUAUUGCUUGUAAUUGGAAGACCUAUUAUGCAAGGAAUGACACUGUGCGCUUUGCUUUGGAUGUCUUGGCUAUUCUCACUGUUGUGCCAAAAAUUCAGCUCCAGUUGGCAGAAUCAGUGGAUGUGCUGGAUGAGGCUGGCUCCACCGUCUCCACUGUAGGUAUCAGCAUUAUUUUGGGAGUGGCUGAGGGUGAGUUCUUUAUUCAUGAUGCUGAAAUUCAGAAGUCAGCACUUCAGAUUAUCAUCAAUUGUGUGUGUGGCCCGGAUAACAGAAUUUCUAGUAUUGGCAAAUUUAUCUCUGGAACUCCUCGGAGAAAGCUGCCUCAGACUCCCAAAAGCAGUGAGCACACUCUGGCCAAGAUGUGGAAUGUGGUCCAGUCCAACAAUGGCAUCAAGGUGCUUCUGUCCUUACUCUCCAUCAAGAUGCCCAUCACAGAUGCAGACCAGAUCCGGGCCCUGGCCUGCAAGGCCCUGGUGGGCCUGUCUCGCAGUAGCACUGUCCGGCAGAUCAUCAGCAAACUGCCCCUUUUCAGCAGCUGUCAAAUCCAGCAACUGAUGAAAGAGCCUGUGCUGCAGGACAAACGCAGUGACCAUGUCAAGUUCUGCAAAUAUGCUGCUGAGCUCAUUGAACGGGUGUCAGGAAAGCCACUUCUCAUUGGCACUGAUGUGUCACUGGCACGACUGCAGAAAGCAGAUGUUGUUGCCCAGUCAAGGAUCUCCUUUCCUGAGAAAGAGCUGCUUCUGCUGAUACGAAACCAUCUCAUUUCUAAAGGGCUUGGGGAGACAGCAACUGUGCUGACUAAAGAGGCUGACCUGCCCAUGACUGCUGCCUCCCAUUCUUCUGCCUUCACCCCAGUCACUGCUGCUGCUUCUCCUGUUUCUCUUCCCCGUACCCCUCGCAUUGCCAAUGGCAUUGCAACUCGACUGGGCAGCCAUGCUGCUGUGGGUGCCUCUGCCCCUUCUGCCCCCACUGCUCAUCCUCAGCCACGGGCCUCCCAGGGUUCACUAGCUCUGCCUGGCCCGUCUUAUGCAGGCAACUCUCCUUUGAUUGGUAGGAUCAGUUUUAUCAGAGAGAGGCCAUCACCCUGCAAUGGCAGGAAAAUCAGAGUGUUGCGGCAGAAGUCGGACCAUGGCGCCUACAGCCAAAGCCCAGCCAUAAAAAAGCAGUUGGACAGACAUCUUCCUUCCCCACCUACGCUGGACAGUAUCAUCACAGAAUAUCUUAGAGAGCAGCAUGCUCGCUGCAAGAACCCAGUUGCCACCUGCCCACCUUUCUCUCUCUUUACUCCUCACCAAUGUCCUGAGCCAAAACAGAGGCGGCAAGCGCCAAUAAACUUUACCUCAAGGCUAAACCGCAGGGCAUCAUUUCCAAAGUAUGGAGGGGUGGAUGGCGGAUGCUUUGAUAGGCACCUUAUCUUUAGCAGGUUCCGUCCUAUUUCAGUGUUCCGGGAAGCCAAUGAGGAUGAGAGUGGCUUCACCUGUUGUGCAUUCUCAGCACGAGAGCGGUUCCUGAUGCUUGGCACCUGCACUGGGCAAUUGAAGCUCUAUAAUGUGUUUAGUGGACAGGAGGAGGCCAGCUAUAACUGUCACAACUCAGCUAUCACACACCUUGAACCUUCCAGGGACGGGUCCUUGCUGCUGACAUCUGCUACUUGGAGCCAGCCUCUGUCUGCACUUUGGGGAAUGAAAUCAGUAUUUGAUAUGAAGCAUUCCUUCACAGAAGAUCACUAUGUUGAGUUCAGUAAGCACUCUCAGGAUCGAGUCAUAGGCACAAAAGGAGACAUUGCCCAUAUUUAUGAUAUUCAGACUGGCAACAAGCUGUUGACUCUGUUUAACCCAGAUCUUGCCAACAACUACAAGAGGAACUGUGCCACCUUUAAUCCUACAGAUGAUCUUGUCUUAAAUGAUGGCGUCCUCUGGGAUGUCCGCUCUGCACAGGCCAUCCACAAGUUUGACAAGUUCAACAUGAACAUCAGUGGCGUUUUCCAUCCGAAUGGGCUGGAGGUCAUCAUUAAUACUGAGAUUUGGGACCUUCGUACUUUCCAUCUUUUACACACAGUUCCUGCUCUAGAUCAGUGUCGAGUGGUGUUCAACCACACGGGGACAGUGAUGUAUGGAGCUAUGUUGCAGGCAGAUGAUGAAGAUGACUUACUGGAAGAGAGGAUGAAAAGCCCUUUUGGAUCAUCCUUCCGAACAUUUAAUGCAACUGAUUACAAACCUAUAGCGACCAUUGAUGUGAAACGGAACAUUUUUGACCUAUGUACAGACACCAAAGACUGCUAUCUUGCUGUCAUCGAGAACCAAGGCAGCAUGGAUUCUCUGAACAUGGACACGGUGUGCAGGCUGUAUGAAGUAGGCAGGCAGCGUCUGGCAGAGGAUGAGGAUGAAGAGGAGGACCAGGAAGAGGAAGAACAGGAGGAAGAAGAUGACGAUGAAGAUGAUGACGACACUGAUGAUUUAGAUGAGCUUGACACUGACCAGUUGCUGGAGGCGGAGUUGGAGGAGGAUGACAACAAUGAGAACGCAGGGGAGGAUGGCGACAAUGACUUUUCUCCCUCUGAUGAGGAGCUAGCAAACCUGCUAGAGGAGGGAGAGGACGGAGAAGAUGAAGACUCUGAUGCAGAUGAGGAAGUGGAACUGAUCCUGGGGGACAAGACUGAUAGCGGCUCGAAACAGAGCAGACACAAGGACCACCCUCCUGAAUGGAAGGUUUGGGAACAUGCAGUUCUUCAUCAGCUUUCCCCGAGUGGAGUCUCUCAGGUACGUGGGAAAGGGCUGAUGAGGGAUUCUUUGGAACCAGUGGCUGUCCCUCUCCUCAUGGGAACCCCAGGGCCUAUGGGCGUUUUCAGGGCUCCAGCUCAGGACCUGCUGGCCCAUUUCCCUGGGGACCUUGUUAAAAUUGUUUCACAGCUUCCUAAGCUGAGAGUGAUCAAAAUGGGCACUAGAAUUUUUCCUUUACCUUCACUCAGCAAAUACUAGAGCUAGGUACUAUGUUUCUCUCCGAUUUCUGUCAUCCAGACAGGUGCAUCUACCUCACUUUGAGGGUUCUGUUACCACCUAGUUUCACCUCUUAAUGGAUCCUUCCAGAGGUGUUCAUGUGGUCUAUUCACUGCCUGGAAGGCAGAUGGUCAAGCAGAGGGUCAGACACAGUGCCACCUUCCAGGGUGCCACAGCUACUCCCUGCUGGCCUCCAGCCCAGUUUUUCUCGUAUUGCUGCAAGCUCUGGCUUGUAUCUUUUGGGAAUUUGUUCCCUUCAGAUUAUAUUUAGAAAUUUCAGAGGAAUGAAUCCCAGGUUGACUACCUCUGCCUUUAUGAGGUCUUCUGAGAAGAGAAUGGCUGACGAGUUUAAGAGAAGUCUCAUCCUUGCUUGGGCUCAGCCUGCCUUUUUAGUGGUCGUGGGGGUCAGGCAGGCCUGUGCCCACCGGAGGGACUCCAGAGGCCAAAGGACUACACAGGCUCACUCACUGAUCCUAUCAGCCCUGCCCCUUUGCAGCCACUCAAAGCACCAUGGGCGAAAGCUUCAGAGGGGGCUUGCCUGGUCCCUUUAGGGCCUUUCAGGCAGGAGGAAGAACCUCUAGGAAGCAAGAGGGUACCAUGUCCAGGUCCUUUGAAAGGUAAGCAAGCAAGAGGUCCCAGGAGUAACCAUCAUUCCCCAAACAAUAUAUUUUCCAGAGUCAGCUCUGAGGAGUUAAUUGACAUGUUUUCUUCUUUCAGGAAACUGGUAAUUAACCAUGCUCAGGCAUAAAUUUAUGUGUAUGCAGGUGCUUUCUCCCUGAAAGCUUCCUACAAGCCUAGUGCGUAAUCUAGUCUCUCCCUUUCCUUACC